AUCUGCCAAGAACGUAUAUGAACAGGUCCCAGUCCGAGAAGAGAAAAGGAUGGAAGGAUCCUGUUCAUAUGGACCUGUCGUCAGACAGAACACUAAGUAAAUAAGUAUAUAUAAUACCUUGCUUAUCCUUUGUUUGUAUGUCCCUAACUUUGUGUUGGAUAUAUCUGUCAAUCUCCUCGGAAUGUCCAUUUCAGCAAGUAAUUUAUUAAUCUGUCACUGGCAUAUCUUUAAACUCUGCCCAAGGCGUUGUUAAGCGCAAUUUCCCUUGAUGGUAUGUUUGAUGAGGAGAUCCAGUCUGCUGUUGCAUACCAGCAAGUUUCAAAAGCAUACAGUCUAAUUAGGAAGAGGGAUGUAAUACACAGAAUAUCAUAGCACUGCUACUUGAGGUCUGUCUCUAACGUGACAGCUGUCGCCUUGAGCAUGUGUUGUCCGUAAUUGUAGACUGAAAGUGCUGUUCGAGGAAAAAGGCAUAUUCCCCUGCUUUAUACCGGGUCGUACAGAAUUGACAUUUCAGUGAAUAUUACAUAUCUUCAGGUAGUGUUUGUCUAGCAUUCAGGCCUCAGGUCUGGGACUUGACAGUGGGGAAUGCAACGUGAGAUUUCCUUUGCUGUGGGAGACGCUCGGAGUGCGAACAGCCGCGGCAGCUGGCGACCUAUAUGCCGGCGAUAAAUAUUCCUGCGCGGUGCGAAAGUUGACGUGGACAUCGUGCGACCGCCCAUCAGUCUAUCAGCCAGCAUGCUGAGGUUCGCUAUGGCUGUCAACUGUUCCUUCCUUACGAGCCUUUGGCAAAAGUUUGGAGGUCGUGUAAGGAAGUUGGUCCGCUUUUCCGUCCUCCUGGCAUGCACGGUUGUCGUCAUCAUACAGCUAUGUGAGUGUUUCUCCAAACUCUUUUCACCACCAAUAUCUUCUCAUUUACGUGUUGUGGUGAAUCAGAGCAUGACAUACCCAGCGAUUACCAUUUGCCGUUAUCCAUCCUACAAACCUGAUGUUCUCCAGAAAUAUAACUUACAGAGUGUCCGUACGACAAGUGACUGGGAUGACUUCCCGUAUGAUGAAAUAACACUGAAGGAAUUCUGGAAUGAAUCCACAUACAGAGUGGAAGAAGGUUACUUUCUUUCUGCCCUAAGUGCAUUUCAACACCAUGUACAGAUUAAGAGUGCAUAUUAUUUGAUAUGGGGCCAGUGCCACACAAUUUUGCCACUCAUCCAAACAACGUCAUCAGGUAAAGGAAGUGGCUAUUCUGUGAUGCUGUAUCAAAAGGAGGUAUUAUACAAUCGCUCUGAGAAUGACCCAGAGGAAGGCUGGCAUAUUUUCGUACAUCCCGCCACUGAUCCUUGGACAGAGACCACACAUGAAUAUACUGGAGAGGAUGAGAAUCUGCUUCUGGCAGUGGGAGAAGAACUGCACGUGAGGAUUGGUGUUCAGGAGUACCACCUUGUGAACAAGGCGGAUGAUCACUGUAAUGCCAGUCUGGACCACAGUUAUGAAGAGUGUCAGCACAUGUGUAAAAUGAGGCAACUAGUGAACAAGAUUGGAUGCAGUGGACCAUGGAUACCAGAAGUUGAUGUUCCAUUGUGUAAUGAAUAUGAAACAAUGAAGAACCUUAUGAAAUAUUACAUCAACAACCUAACAUGUGGGUCACCAUGCUGUAACUGCAUCCGUCCAUGUCAUUCACUACAGUUUGUACCUUACAUAGUGAAACGUCAGCCUAUGGUAACAACGGAGCCAAAUCAUCGUUUCAGCCAACUAUAUUUAUUCUAUAAUUCCCGUAUGGUUCAAGUAGCAGAAGAACACUUGGCAUAUGAUUGGUCUCUGUUUUUAUCAGAUCUUGGUGGCUCCCUUGGUUUCCUGCUAGGUCUCUCAGUACUUGGAAUAAUUGGAAUUGUGGAGCGACUCAUCGACCUGCUGUACGGCAGUCUGCAGCUUCCGGCUCAGGUUAAGACGAGUGGCGGAAGGCAGUUGGGCUUGAAUAGUAACAAAGAUUCAGACGAACACAUGGACUGCAUUUGUUGUAGAGCAGAGGAGAAAAGUUUAAGUUUACAUAACAUGGAGACAAUGAAAUGUAAAAGCAAGCUUUCUCCACAGCCUCAUGAUACAAAAUAUUAGGUGUUCAUAUCCACAAUGAAGUAUACAUAUCUAUGGUAUCAGAAAUUAUUAUGAUCUUAAACUGAUGUAAAAUGUGACAGUGAGGACUCUAGAAAUGUUAUGGCCAAAUGAUUCUCUCUCUUGCUUCAUAUGUAUGAGUUGCCAUGUUUAAAUAUGGGCCUGAAAACUAGCUAUCCUGACAUUUUUAUGUGGUUGUCUUCAGUCAUUUCAGACAAAUGGUGGAAUAGUAAUAGCAUUUGGUCAUGAUGACUCCUUUCAUAUCCAUUCAAAUUUAUUGUAACCUUUGCAGCUGGAAAAGUGAUGUUAAGUAACCAAAAAGUUAAUUGAUCAAUCAAGCUAUCAAUAUGCUCACUCACUAGCUACAUGUUAUUUAAUGGAGAUCACUGGUUCAUACAUUUUUGGUAAUAAGAACAGAUUAAACUGAGUAUUUUAUUAUUUUAUAAGGAAAAGAACAUUAAAACAUUUCUUAUGUUGUUACAUGAUACCACAUUUAAUGCUGACGUUUUAAAUACAUAUGUUUGUAUGAAACAUAUUGGUCAAGUUGAUUUUUUCAUGUUUCUAGUAGAUUUUAAAUUUACAUGUCUGUAGCCUGAUUAAAACUUGGUUUUGUUUGUUUAGAGACUGAUUUAAUUUGUGCACAAUACUGCAGUACAGAAUUCCAGAGUCUGUCUCUUUGACUUCUGGAUAAGUAAUGCACAACUGACAUCAUUACUGCAGUUCAUUUUGAAGAGUAAACUCUGAAGCACUCUCACUGAAUAAAUUUUAAUUUCCCUGAUUAUUUAAAUUAUGUCCUGUACUUGUGCAUGAAGUACAUACACAGUAGUGGGAUGAAAGAGGUGGAGUGGAUUCAUCUGGCUUGGGAUAGGCAUGGUCAAAAAUAUGUCUCUUAGGUGUGCAGUUGCCAUGUAAAUAUGGUUGUGUUAUUUGGGCUUCAUUUUGAGUCUUUAUUAUGGUUACCAAAAUCCAUCGUGUUGCUUGGAUAACUUUGUCCCUUGGUGCAAAGAGACUGCAGCCACUCUUUUCUUAAGAAUGAAGCUGAUUUUUUUGUUGGAGAAGCAGCAUCAUUAAUAGAUUCUACAAAAAUUAGAAAGAUAAUCUUUAGGGCAAAAUUAUCCUUAAGAUGUUUUUGUAAGCAUUGCAAUUGAGCACUAUAAUAUAAAGGCAAAUAUGCUUUUAGGUGCAGGGAACAAAAAUGUUUUCUAGUAAAUGGUAACAAUAAAAUAAACUUUUAAAUUCAGUUUGACAGAAGCAGAGCCAAGAUAUUUUAACAGAGGUCUAUAGAAUCAAAAUAAAACAAGAUGAUACUUGUAUGAUGAAAGAUAAUUAAUGUAUUUAAUGAAUAUAAAAGUUAAAAAUA